AUGAGCUACUGGCUGAAAAAGUGCUCUCGUUUUGCCGUGGUGACCAAAGAAGGCGAAGAAGCAGAGAAAGACUGGAAUUGGAUUCGCGAUUUCUUAAACACCUUGGAUACCAAGGCAGGAAUUCUAUCCACAGAUGCAGUCAAAAGCAGAUACAUAGAGCUUGUCGACGAAUACAAGGAGACACAUGACCGUGAGGUUGCUAAAAGAGGUUAUUUUGAGCCUCGGUCUAUAUUCGAAGGAUUCCUUGAGGCCCUUAUGAUCGAGGACGAAAAAAUGAAAGAAGAAGAAAGGAAUCCCGAAUUCAAGAAGAAAAGACAGGCAAUUAGAAAACAUUGUAAAGCCAGAUCUAGAGAACUGUUGGACAGAAUGGCGGCAACCGGGUCAAUGUCAUUAAGAGGCGAUGAUUAUGAAGAAGCAAUAUAUGACGAGUCGAAAAGAAAAGAAGAAGAAAAGAAGAAGGAAAAGGAGGAAUACAAAUUGCUUCGUUCCAAGUUUGACUCUGCCAGUCCUGACAAGAAAGAUGGUACUGCCUCUGCUUGCGUGGAAGAUGUCAAAAAAAUAAGGAGCAUGAUAUGUAGGGCUUUUGAAGAUGAAUUGGUUGCCACUUUCAGUCGCUAUGACCUAACAGGAGCGAGUAAGGCUGAGAGAAAGGCCAUCUUUAGUGAAAUGGAUGAAUUAAAGGAGAGCUUACAGGAAAUUGAAGGGUCGGUAUGUAAGGCUCUGGGGACCAUAGAUAAAUGUCAAAGUAUUCUCUCGAAAAGACUGUCAAGAUAG